AUGUUGCUUCAACGUGCUGUAUGUUUAGUAAACAAGCUCCUUACAGGAUUAAGAUUAAAAACACCGCAAUUUACCUGCGUUUUAUCUACUUCUGAACUACCGCGGUUUUAUUUUAAAUCCAACCAAUCAUACCAGUCUGUUAUCUCAUGGGAUAAGAGAAAACUUCAGAAUAUUAUCGAAACAGCUGCUCGUCUUGGAUAUUCAACAGUUGCAAUUAACCAUGUGGUUAACCUCCAAGAAAAGAAACAGGGUUUACAGGAUGUUGGCAAACCUACUUGUGUGGCAGAACUUUUCACCUCUCCUCCCAUUGUACAGGGGAAAUCAAAGCCAAUUAAAAUAAUCACCAGACUGACUCUGGUGGUUUCCGAAGGAUCACAUUGCAAUGAAUUGGUAAGUAAGACUUUACAGACCGCUUGUAUGACCUUAGAUGUGGACAUAAUUGAAAUUAUUAUGACAGAAAAGCAACAGUUUAAUUUCAGACGAUCCCCGGUGAAUGCGGCAAUUGACAGAGGAAUUGUCUUUGAACUUGUUUAUAGUCCUGCUAUCAAAGAUUCUACAAUGAGAAGAUAUACUAUUUCAAAUUCACUCAGUCUGAUGAAUAUCAGUAAAGGGAAGAAUAUUAUUAUAUCAAGUGAAGCAGAAAAGCCUUUAGAAUUAAGAGGACCUUAUGACAUCGCUAACCUAGGGUUACUGUUUGGCUUGUCAGAAGGGGAUGCCAAAGCAGCAAUCUCAACCAACUGCAGAAAAGCUCUUCUGCAUGGAGAAACGAGGAAGACGGCACAGGGUGUAGUGCACAGCAUGAAGACAACUGAGGCCCCUGAAGAUAAGAAGGAGGCCCCAGCCUCAAAAAGGAAGAACUGAAGAUACUUAAGUAAAAAUUGAUGUCCCACCAAAAUGUGGAUUGCGUUUGAAAAAUGAUCUUUCUAAGCACGUAGAUUUGUUUUAUUUUCGUAGUGCUGUUAAAAAGCCUUAUUUGUUUUUACAUCUCCCAGUCUUUGGUUGCAGUUCACGUCCUGUCUUAAUGCUGUGCAAUUGAUUCCGCACGUAGCAGACCGGGCAUAUAUCGGUUAUGUACAGACACACUCACUGAAACAUGAAACUUCCAUGGGUAAGAAUUAUUUGAAAUUGAAACACUUAAAAUCUUCUAGACAAUUCCUACUAAAAGGAAUAGCUAUAAGGCUCUCGGUUAUAAUGCGCCUUGGAUAUAACACUCCUACAGCAUGUCCCACAAUUCCCUAUACUAAUGAUUCAUGCAGUAUUUUUACAGUAAAUAGAGUACCGAUGUUCAAACUAUAAAUAACUUCUUAGUCCAACUUACGUCUCUGUCGCUCCCUUUUGAUACAGUACAUGAACUGAAGAAAAGCUGUGCUGGUACUUUCUAACACAGACAUCUUAGUCAGCAUUCAUUUUAUAACUAAAUAAAUAUAAUGCCUGUUACGUUGUUAUCUUUCCUAAUGUAUCUACUUUUUUUUUUUUUUUCGCUGCAAGAGGAGCUGCGGCUUUCUCCGAGGAGACGAGACGUUUCAGCCCCGCUCCGCACCCGAACCUGGGGCGACCCUCAUUCCCUCUUCCCUUCUCAUUCUCACAUUUGGUUUGCUUGUCUGUCGCUUUGUACUGAACUCCCGACUGCCAUUUAGCCAGGCUAUUUA